AUGCAAGAAAGCCGGAAGCGACGGCUCCACCUCUCCAACCAGGCGGCUGGAGUCGGGACGCUGGAAAGCGAGUCGGAUGAGAGAGUACCCGCCGACGGCGGUCGCCGCCACAGCAGGUCGCGGGGAGUAGCAACCGAAGACUGCGGCCGUCGCGCCAGCCAUCGCGUGUGGAGAAUAAACGGCCCGCACGGCCAACGCGGCGACCGGUUCAGGGAAAGAGUUAGCGAAGACUGGGGCUUUAGUGGUAGCGAAGAUAGGGAAAGAAUCCGUGAAGACAGCGACCACCGCUGCAGGGUCCCGAUAGGAAGAGUGAGUGAAGACGUGGGCUUCUCCUGCAAAGACUCGAGAAGGGUCAGUGAAGACCUGGGCCACCGCCGCAGUGUUUCUCAGGAGAGAGUCAGGGGAGAUGGUGGCCACCUUCCCAGGAACUCUUGGGAGAGAGUAAGGGAAGACCGUAGCAGCGACGAGAGUUUAAGUAAAGUCGGCAGCCACCCUACUAGUGAAUCCGGGGGAACAGUCAAAGAAGGCCGCGGCCUCCGCCUCAGUGGGACCUGGGAGAGAGUCAGGGAGGUCCGGGGCCCCCAAACCAGUGACUCGGGAGAGAGAGGCAGUGACGACCGCAGCCGUCGCCUCAGUGGCUCAUGGGAGGGCGGGAGUGUGGAUGGUGGCCGCAACCUCAGCAGUGCCUGGGAAGGGGUAAGUGAAGACCGCGGCUACUUGGCCAGCGACUCCUCGGAAGUGAGCAUCAGCGAAGACGCCAACCUCCGCCGCUUCUGGGAGAGGGAAAGUGAAGACGAAGUUUCCCGCUGCCGGGGCUCCUGGGAGAGAACGGCGGAGAACAGUGGCCCCGGGCUUAGUGACAACGAGGAAGACAGCCGCUGCUGCAGUGGCUCGUGGGUAACAGCGAGCGAAGACCGCUGCCGCAGCAGGGGCCUGGACUCGACUCCUCCCCGGAGUCUGAGGGACCGCACCAUGCCCGGGGUGUCGGAUUCAGGCCCCUCCACCUCCUCCACGGAGACUUCGACCCCGUGUGCCAGGAAGAAUGUGCAUUUUGGUAGCAUACAUGAUGCGGUACGAGCUGGAGAUGUAAAGCAGCUUUCAGAAAUAGUAGAACGAGGUGCCAGCAUCAAUGAAGUUGACAUUCUUCAUAAAUUUACCCCUUUACAUUGGGCAGCCCAUUCUGGAAGUCUGGAGUGUCUUCAUUGGCUCCUCUGGCAUGGAGCUGAUAUCUCACAAGUAACUGUGAGAGGUUGGACAGCGGCUCACAUAGCUGCAAUCAGGGGACAGGAUGCUUGUAUGCAGGCUCUUAUAAUCAACGGAGCGAAUCUGGCAGCUCAGGAUGAUCGUGGAUGCACUCCUUUACACCUUGCUGCAACACAUGGACAUUCUUUCACUCUACAAAUAAUGCUCCGGAGUGGAGUGGAUCCCAGCGUGGCUGAUAAGAGAGAAUGGAAACCAGUGCAUUAUGCAGCUUUUCAUGGGCGGCUGGGCUGUUUGCAACUUCUGAUUAAAUGGGGAUGUAGCAUAGAAGAUGUGGACUACAACGGAAACCUUCCAGUUCACUUAGCAGCCAUGGAGGGCCACCUUCACUGUUUUAAAUUCCUACUCAGUAGAAUGAGCAGUACCUCUCAAGCUUUAAAGUCCUUCAAUGAUAAUGGAGAAAAUGUGGUGGAUCUGGCCCAGAGAUUCUUUAAACAGAACAUUUUACAAUUUAUCCAGGGGGCUGAGUAUGAAGGAAAUGAUCCAGAAGAUCAGCAAACUUUAGCAUUUCCAGGUCAUGUGGCUGCCUAUAAGAGUGAUUUGGAAAUGCUUAAGAAAUUAAUAGAAGAUGGAGUAAUCAACAUUAAUGAACGUGAUAAUAAUGGAUCAACACUUAUGCAUAAAGCUGCUGGACAAGGCCACAUUGAAUGUUUGCAGUGGCUUAUUAAAAUGGGCGCAGACAGUAAUAUUACAAACAAAUUAGGGGAGAAAGCCAGUGAUGUGGCUAAGAGGUUUGCCCAUUUAGCAGCAGUAAAGCUAUUGGAAGGACUACAGAAAUAUGAUACAGAUGAUGAGAAUGAAAUUGAUGAAAAUGAUAUGAAGUUUUUUAUAAGACAUGGUGUUGAGGGAAGCACUGAUGCCAAGGAUGAUUUAGGUCUCAGUGAGUCGGAUAAAACAGAUGCCAGAGUGAGAGCUUACAAGAAAAUUGUAGAAUUGAGACACCUCCUGGAAAUUGCUGAGAGCAACUAUAAAUGCUUGGGAGGAGUAACAGAAGAAGAUUUAAAGCAGAAGAAAGAACAGCUCGAGUCUGAAAAGACUAUCAGAGAGCUGCAGGGCCAACUGGAGUAUGAACGGCUACGUAGAGAAAAAUUAGAAUGUCAGCUGGAUGAGUAUCGAGCAGAGGUGGAUCAACUCAGGGAGACGCUGGAAAAAACUCAGGUUCCCAACUCUGUGGCUGUGGAAGACGACUCUUCCUGUGAGUUCAGCAAAGAGAAGAGGCGAGUGAAGAAAAAGGUGUCUUCUGGGGGAGUUUUUGUGAAAAGAUUCUACAUAUGAGUGAUACGGUAUUUUUCUUUCUCUUUCUGGCUGACUUCACUUAGGAUGACAAUCUCCAGGUCCAUCCAUGUUGCUGCAAGUGGCAUUAUUUUAUUAUUUUUUAUGGCUGAGUAGUAUUCCACUGUAUAAAUAUACCACAGCCUCUUUAUCCAGUCAUCCAUCAAUGGACUUUAAGGUUGCUUCAAUAUCUUGGCUAUUGAAUAUAGUGCUGCUAUGAACAUUACGGUGCCUGUGUAUCUUUUCAAAUUAGAGUUCCCUCUGGAUGUAUGCCCAGGAAUGGGAUUGCUGGAUCAUAUGGUAAGUCUAUUUUUAGCUUUUUGAGGAAUCUCCACACUGUUUUCCAUAGUGGCUGCACCAAUUUACAUUCCCACCAACAGUGUAGGAGGGUUCCCUUUUCUUCACAGCCUCUCCAGCAUUUAUCAUUUGUGGACUUUUGAAAGAUGGCCGUUCUGACUGGUGUGAGGUGAUACCUCAUUGUAGUUUUGAUUUGCAUUUCUCUGAUAAUUAGUGAUACUGAGCAUUUUUUCAUGUGUCUAUUGGCCAUUCACAUGUCUUCACUGGAGAAUUGCUUGUUUAGGUCUUCUGCCCAUUUUUGCAUUGGGUUUAUUUAUUUAUUUUUUUGAAGUUGUAUGAGCUAUUGAUAUAUUCUGGAUAUUAAACCUUUGUCAGUUGCAUCAUUUGCAAAUAUUUUCUCCCAUUUCUUAGGUUGUGGUUUUGUUUUACUUAUGGUUUCCUUUGCUGUGCAAAAUGCUUUUAAGUUUAAUUAGGUCCCAUUUGUUUAUUUUUGCUCUUAUUUCUAUUGCCUGGGUAGACUGCCCUAGGAGAGUAUUGGUAAGAUUUAUGUCAGAGAAUGUUUUGCCUGUUUUCUUCUAGGUUUAUCAUGUCUUGUUUUAUAUUUAAGUCUUUAAGCCAUCUUGAGUGUAUUUUUAUGUAUGGUGUGAGGGAGUGUUCUAACUUCACUGAUUUACAUGCAGCUGUCCAGUUUUCCCAACACCACUUGCUGAAGAGACUCUUUUCUCCAUUGUAUAUUUUUGCCUACUUUGUCGAAGAUUGACCGUAAGUCUGUGGGUUUAUUUCUGGGCUCUCUAUUCUGUUCCAUUGAUCCAUAUGUCUGUUUUUAUGCCAAUAGCAUGCUGUUUUGAUUACUAUAACACUGUAGUGUUGUCUUAAGUCUCGGAUGGUUAUUCCUGCAGCUUUGUUCUUUUUCUUCAAUAUUGCUUUGGCAAUUCUGGGUCUUUCAUGAUUCUAUAUAAAUUUUAGGAUUAUUCUAGUUCUGUGAAAAAUGUCCUGGGUAAUUUGAUAGGGAUUGCAUUAAAUCUGUAGAUUGCCUUGGGGAGUAUGGCCAUUUUAACAAUACUGAUUCUUACAAUUGAAGAGCAUGGGAUAUCUUUCCAUUUCUUUAGGUUAUCUUUAAUUUCUUUAAUCAGUGUUUUGUAGUUCUCUGUAAGUCUUUCACCUCCUUGGUCAGAUUUAUUCCUAAGUAUUUUAUUGUUUUGGAUGUGAUUUUAAAAAGGAUUGUUUCUUUACUUUCUUUUCCUGCUAUUUCAUUGUUAGUGUAAAGAAAUGCAACUGAUGUUUGUAUGUUAAUCUUGUAUCCUGCUGUCUUGCUGAAUUCUUAUCAGCUCUAGCAGGUUUUAUGUGGUGCUUUUAGGGUUUUCUAUAUACAACACUAUUUCUUUUAAAUUGAAGUACAGUUGAUUUACAAUGUUGUUAGAUUCUGGUGUACAGCAUAGUGAUUCAGUUAUACAUAUAUAUUUAUAUUCUUUUUCAUAAUAGGUUAUUACACAAUACUGAAUGUAGUUCCCUGUGCUAUACAGUAGGGCCUUGUUUAUUUUAUGUAUAGUAGUUUCUAUCUGCUAAUCCCAAACUCUAAUUUAUCCCUCCUCACCCUUUCCCCAUUUGUAACCAUAAAUUUGUUUUCUAUGACUGUGAGUCUCUGUUUUGUAAAUAAGUUCAUUUGUGCUAUUUUUUAGAUUACACAUAUAAGUGAUGUCAUAUAUUUGUCUUUCUGACUUAC